AGCCUCCUGACUUUUUAGUCACUUCCCCCAACAUGAGGUACCCGAACCCCGGCUUGGCUAUUAUCUCUGUUAGGUACCUUAUUCCUCAACUUUCACGCUAAGUUAUUCCAGAGGCUAUCGAUCCAUCCAGUCACUAGAGGCUCUUCCAUGUCGCCAAUAUGGGGGAAAGUUCUGAUUCAAAGCGGCCGAUAGAAGAUGAUGUGAAGGUUGAAGAGGCGGGAGGAAGUUCUAAAGACCCCGAGGCAUCAAAGGAGCAAACCAUCGACCCCGAAAAUGAGGUCAAAGGUACUAAGCUCAUCCUCCUCCACAUUGCCGUUUGUCUCUGCAACUUCCUGGUCGGACUGGACUUUAACUUAAUCGCGACCGCCGUGCCUGUCAUAACGACCGACUUCAAUUCGGUCAAAGAUGUCGGUUGGUAUGGUGCUGCAUUUCAGGUUGCUCUUUGCUCUAGCCAGCCCCUAGCAGGAAAAACCUUCGUUCUCUUCCCGAAGAAGUUGAUGUACUUGGUCUAUCUGGGCGUUUUCGAGAUUGGCAGUCUUCUAUGUGCACUGUCGCCAUCAUCCAAUGUACUGAUCGUCGGACGGGCAAUAGCUGGCCUAGGUGCAUCGGGCACCUUCGCCGGCGGCUUCACAGUUUUGACGACAAUGAUCCCACUACAUCGCCGUGCUAUAUAUACCGGAACCUGGAGCUCCAUGUUCGCCAUCGCGAGUAUUGUUGGACCAGUCAUAGGUGGUGCCCUCACACAGCACGUCACCUGGCGAUGGUGCUUUUACAUCAAUCUGCCAAUAGGCGGAUUCUCUGCGGCGCUCUUCAUACUACUAGCACACUUCAAGCCAGCCAAGUCGGAGCAAGUCCCAUUAUCAGAUAAAAUAAAAGCCCUGGACUCUUUGGGCUUUCUUUUAUUUGCAGGAUCUAUCACUAUGUUACUCCUCGCACUUCAAUGGGGCGGAGGGGUUGAUUACGCCUGGAACUCCUCUAUCAUUAUCGGCCUCUUCGUUGGGUUCGCUGUCACAAUGACCCUCUUCAUCUCGUGGCAGCUGUACUGGCAAGAUAAUGCUCUCAUUCCACCUCAGCUAUUCAAGGGGGCGGGCAAUCGGAAUAUAUGGCUUCUGUGCAUUAGUUCCUUUUUUGUGAACGGGCCAUUCCAGAUCAUCAUCUACUGGCUGCCCAUCUGGUUUCAAGCCGUGUUGGGAUCCACCCCAACGCAGAGUGGCAUCAAUUACCUCCCUACGGUGAUAUCUGAUGUACUCGCCUCUUUCAUAGGAUCCGCCAUAGUCAUGAAGUUGGGGUACUGGAAUCCCUUUCUCUUGCUAGCGGAGGCCUUUGUAUGUCUUGCAGGGGGGCUUCUCAGCACAAUAUACCCGGGCAUAUCUAGUGGACAUUGGAUAGGUUAUCAGAUCUUUGGUGGAAUUGGGUACUCUCUGGCUAGCAACUUGGCACAUCUCGGAAUGCAGGCAUCGCUACCGAAAGAACUUGUUCCUAUCGGAGCCACGACCCUGUUAACGAUUAUAUCAACUAGCUGCUCCGUCUUCCUCGCCGUGGGACAAACCGUUUUCCAAUCAGCGCUGAGGAUAAACCUUGCUCCCAUUGUAUCGUCCAAUACUAUCGACGCCAUUAUAUCAGCUGGUGCAACCAAUGUUGGGUCCGUCGUGGACGCCCAAGACCUCCCUUCUGUCAUCAAAGCAUAUGGCAAGGCAGUAACGCAGGUAUUCUAUGUUCCCGCUGCCGCGCCUGUUAUUUCGUUCAUUUUGGUUGCUUGCUGUAGAUGGACAACUACAAAGAAAUGAACAAAUGACUUUGAGAGCAUAUUUGGGGAUAUUAGACAUUUUCCAUCAUGUACCUAGGUAUUAAGGAUGGAUCACAUAAGGCACAUUUACCUAGACUCGUAACUAAUGCAUUGCUUUUCUUGGCUACUUACUACGACCAAAAUGAUAUUAAGAAAAAGUAACUUAGGACCUAGGUGUGCUAUAAUAAUUCGGAAGCAAUGGAUGCCAGUUGUGUAACCUAGGGGAUAGUUCCGGCCACAGUGC